GAUUCUGUGGCUAACUAUUACAGUAAAUUAUCUCCUUAGGAAACGUCACGACCAUGGCGCUGCAAUUCCAAUUCUCGUUGUGUAUUUCAUCCUGUUCAUACUUAUGACAACAUCUUUUCUACGACUAGUCCACAUAACCAUCUUCGAUCCUCCCUAUGUACCAUUACCGCCGCCGACACCUCCAUAUGCAGGCCCGAACGAACCAAACAGUAGUUCGUACUGGGCUGCACAAACAAAGGAUGUGUUUACCUGCUCAAUGGACGGAAGACCAAGUUGGUGCAAUACUUGUGGAAACUGGAAACCUGAUCGUGCACACCAUUGCAGUAGCUCGGGACGCUGCAUAUUCAAGAUGGACCACUUCUGCCCUUGGGUUGGAGGACCUAUUGGAGAGAACAAUUUCAAAUUUUUCAUUCAAUUCACUGGAUACACGGCAUUGUAUUGCAUUCACCUCUUGGUUGUAAUGGCAAUCUACAUUCACCAGCAGAAAGUCACAGAGGGCGAAAGCGUCAACCCACAAUUCGCGGUGAUUUUAGGACUUGCUGCAUUCUUCGGAUUAUUUACAGGAAGCAUGUUUAGUACGGGUAUCGGCAUGGCCAUGACCAAUCUAACACAGGUUGAAAAACUUGGCCACAAGACCAAGGUUCACACUUUGGCAGUGCUCAAGCCCUUGCCAGAAGAACUUCUUCGUACUGGACAGUAUACUGUUUCUCAGUUUCCUUAUCCAGAGAUCAUAUAUCCUUUGGAAAUUGGCUACGCUCUACGUGCCGACAGUUGCGAGGUUCUCCCGCAAACCAAUACGGAUAAACCCUUGCCAGACACAAAGCGAACCGCCGCUCUGCAACAAUCUCAAACUCUGCAGGAGAAAUCAACGCACCCUAUGCCCGGGUUAUCUCCAGGCCCGGGAGAUGAUAGCUCGGUAUCUGUACGUUCACCAGGACACUUAGGAGAACGCUCAAAAAAGACUGUAGUGGCCCCAACAGGAGACAAUGUGGAGCAAGCAGCACUAUCAAGGGUUUCGUCAGAGCUCCGACAAAGAAAGGAAUUCGAAAUCGAGGCUAGCAGGAGACCUAGAAAAGCCCUAUCAGCUAGUGAGCUCAAGGCCGUACGACUUUUUGCUAUCCUAAGACUGAAUCCCGGUGAUAAUCCAUGGGACUUAGGGUCUUAUCUUCUAAAUUUUGAAACGGUCAUGGGUGAGAAUGUUUUUGAUUGGUUUUUACCUUUCAGAAGAAGUCCAUGCUGUAAUCACGAGGAUCCAGAAAGCUAUUAUCGCAUAGGCCCAGUGGUGAAACUUGCUAGAGCAAAAGCCUUCUCUAUGGAUGCGAAGGACCCAGGUGCAAAGGUCAACCCUAAAAUGUCUGAACGCUAUCAGAAUGAUGCAGAAGCUGGAUGUCCAGGACGAGAACCUACAGAAGGACAUAGCCUCCUCAGCAAUCACGAACACGCCAUUAGCCCAAACGCUCAAAUUGAGAUGAACAAUCUCAGCGGUUAUCCGCCACAACAGCAGCCAGGAUGAAAGCAAUAUGUACAUUAAAUAUCCUUUUCCCGGAAGGUCUCGAGAGCGGAUAAUCUUGAGACCCCGCCUUCUUAUUGGUUUAUUUUCAUUGGAAGAGAGCGGUUUUCUGCCGCGCCUUCAAUAUGGGUAGAGCGGCGUUUUGGUUCAAGGAAAGCUGCCACAGCACAUGAGCUUUGUUCACAACAAGGGGCUGGUAUGACCUCACGGGAGCGUGGCAUAUGGACAGGGUAA